UAUUCUCCUCAGGAUUGUCCUUUAAAGCUUCCGUACGGCUGGCUUCCAUAGUGACGGAUAAAACAACCCAAACUAAACCCACUAAACCACACAACACUAGAUUACCCACAUGUAACUCCACAAGCCCUUUCCUUCCAUAUUCUGACAAGUUGGAGGAGACUUUGCACAGCAGGGAGCCAUCAUGUCCUUCAGAGACUUAAGAAACUUCACUGAGAUGAUGCGGGCGCUAGGAUACCCCCGGCUGGUCUCCAUGGAGAACUUCCGGACCCCCAACUUCGGUCUGGUGGCGGAGAUCCUCAUCUGGCUUGUGAAGAGCUACGAGCCCCAGAUGGACCUGCCCAGUGACGUGGAAACAGAGUCGGACCGGGUCUUCUUCAUCAAGGCUGUGGCCCAGUUCAUGGCUACCAAGGCCCACAUCCGGCUGAACACCAAGCGCCUGUACCAGGCGGAGGGCUACGCAGUCAAGGAGCUGCUGAAGAUCAGCUCGGUGCUCUACAACGCCAUGAAGACCAAGGAGCUCAGCGGCCAGGAGGCGGGCCAGGAGGAGAGCAGCCGCUUCAAGUUUGACCUGGGCUCCAGGGUGUCUGAACUAAAGGAGGCACGACGAUUGGCGUCUGAGAUUACAGCUAAGGGGGCGUCGCUCUACGACCUCCUGGGUGAGGAGGCGGAGCUACGGGAACGGCGAGCUGCAGCCAUCGCAAGACCGCUGGAGAUCAACGAGACGGAGAAGGCCCUGAGAGCUGCCAUCAAAGAGGUCCAGGGCAGUGUGGAGAACAGCAAGGAGAUGCUGGGGAACGUGGCCUCGGAUGAGGUCAGUCUGGAGGGCAAGAUCGAGAAGAAGAGGCAGGACCUGGAGAGGAACCGGAAGAGGCUGCAGACCUUGCAGAGUGUGAGGCCGUCCUUCAUGGACGAGUACGACAGGAUGGAGGUCGAUCUCCAGAAGCUCUAUGAGACGUACGUGGAGAAGUUCAGGAACCUCAGCUUCCUGGAGGCCCAGCUGGACGACUACCACCGCCUGGAGCAGGACCGCCUGGAGGAAGCUGAGAACACCCUGAGGACCAUUCAGCUGAAACUACGAGAGGAGGAGAGGAAGUUGAUCAGGAGUGGCUUGAAGGACGGCGACUCGGACAUGGAGAUCCUGGACGACGAGGGGUCCGACAGCGACAUCGACGACUGCAGACCCCCAAAACCACGGCCCGCCAAGCCACGAGCAGAGAGGAGUCCCGCAGAAGAAGGGAGGGGCGGCGCUCAUUACGUGGGGACCAUGCAGGGUGGCGACAGUGAGGAGACGGAGGAGGACUUUGACGUGGAGGAGGAAGACGAGGAGGACGAGGACGAGGAGGAGGCCAACGAGGAGCUGGACGAUGAUGUCAGUCUCGAGGGCCCCGCCCCCUCCAGGCCCUCCAGGGGGGGAGGGGGGAGCCCCCAGCUGCUCGAGAGCGACAACGACUUCUGAGCGCAUUUUUGUGUACUCGUAUGUUCCAACUGUAUACAUGUUUACGGCACGCACACCGAGACAGCGAUCAGAGCUCCGGUCAGGGGCCAGAGACCCAGCUUCACAUAGUGCUUCAAAAUGUUACAUGUUACAUCUCUGAAUGCGUUCAGCUUCAUAGUUUCAUACUUCUCCUCAUGUGUUCAUGUCGACGGUUUGUACACUUAACGCGUUCAUAUUUAUGGUUUUAUGAACGUAAUCCUUUUCUGUAGCCACAUUUCAACUAAAAUAAACAACCUGCUGUUUCUAUUA